AUGGAUAACUGCAUUAAGGAGGACACCAUGAGUGACAAGGACGAGCUUCAUGUCUCUGAAGCAUCCGUCUACAUUGAUAAGGAAAAGCUUUUCCGCAAAGUGGAUCUUCGUAUUCUACCGUUAAUGAUGGUCACUUACGGAUUGCAAUUUAUGGAUAAACUGGCUUUGGGCCAGUCUUCCGUUUUCGGUCUCAAAAAAGAUUUGGGGCUAGUGGGCCAGGAUUACUCAUGGUCUUCAUCGAUCUUCUACUUCGGGUAUAUGUUUGGAAAUUUGGCGAGUGUCAGGGUGCUUCAAUUAGUGCCAAUUGGAAAAUUUGUCUCCGUCGCAGUCUGUCUGUGGGGGAUUACGCUAGCUUGCACAGGCGCUUGUGAAAAUUAUGCUGGGAUUCUUGCUGCCAGGUUCUUCUUGGGUCUUCUUGAGAGUGUUGUCAGUCCUUCAUUUGUGCUGAUUACUGGUAUGUGGUGGAAGCCGGAACAACAAUCUGCCAGAUCGGGGAUCUGGUUUGCCGGUAACGAUGCCGGUGCAAUUGUUGGUUCUUUCUUGUCCUUUGGUCUGGGCCACAUUACCGGAAAGCUAUCCCCAUGGAGAUACAUUUUUAUUGUUUACGGGUGCAUCACAUUUGUGUGGAGUUUCGCAAUCUUCUUUUUCCUCCCCGACUCUCCAUCGAAAGCCAGUUUCCUUACAGAGCCUGAGAAACAGUACUAUGCUGAGAAUAUGAAAAACCAAAAGGUGGAGAAUGACUGGAGUUGGGACGAAUUUUAUUCUUGUGCGAAAAACAUCAAUUUCUGGCUUCUUCUUGGAUCUGUUGUGCUUUCUAUCUUGCCUAACAGUGGAGUUCAAAGUUACGGAAAUAUUAUUUUGAACAACUUCGGAUUCAGUGCCAUAAACACCACCUUGCUCAACUUGCCAGGAUCCAUAAUUGCUUGGAUCGCUAUUACUGGAUCUGGACUGGUUGCCAGUCGAAAGAAAGGGCUCAGAUGCCUGAUGAUUUCUGUGUGUUGUAUGUUUGCAAUCAUUGGAGGCUCCCUAAUCUACAAGGGCCAAACUCUAGGAGCCAAAUUGACUGGAUUUUAUUUCGUGCUAGUCCAGACUGCAACCUUCCCAUUGCUGCUGUCCAUGGCCUCGUCAAAUUUUGUUGGCUCGACAAGAAAGACUGUUGUCAGCAAUUCUAUGUUCCUGAUUUACUGUGCGAGUAAUAUUGCGGGACCACAGCUUUUCCGCAGCCAAGAUGCCCCAACAUACACAUAUGCUUUCAGAUCCUGGGUCAUUUGUUUCUGCUUGAACGUUGCUGUUGCUGUUGCGAUGGCCAUUAACUCACACAUUCAAAACAAGAGACAGCCAGUUUCUUCAGAUGGCGUUCCUGAGUUCCAGUACUUAUAUUAA